CAUGUGUCUACGUAAUGUCAAAAUUCUUAUGUCAACCCCAUGUGAGUUCUUGUUAUUUUCAGGUGCAAUAAUAAAUGAAACAUCAUGAAACAAGAAAGCAAGGGACCGAAAAAGCAUGGCAAUAAGAAGAAAGUUCAAUUGUAUAAACCCAGGAAGAAAAAGAGUGUCGAGGAAGAUGCAGCCAUACAAUAUUUGCAAGCUCAAUACGACAAGAUCAAUCCUGCAGAAAUAAAAACUUUUAAAGAUUUCCCGCUUUCACAAAAGACGCUUAAAGGGCUCAAAGAAAAUAACUAUGUUACUCCAACUGAAAUACAAAAGCAGGCCAUAGGCUAUGCUCUGCAGGGAAAAGACAUCUUAGGAGCAGCUAGAACUGGAUCAGGGAAAACACUAGCAUUUUUGAUUCCCAUUCUAGAAAACCUAUUUUGUAAGAAAUGGACAAGAUUAGAUGGUGUUGGGGCACUAGUUAUAUCACCUACUCGAGAACUGGCCUACCAGAUAUAUGAAGCUCUACGAAAAGUGGGACACUUGCAUGAUUUCUCAGCUGGUUUAAUUAUAGGAGGACAAAACUUAAAAUUUGAACGGAAAAGAAUGGAUCAAAUAAAUAUAUUAAUUUGUACACCUGGUCGUCUUUUGCAACACAUGGAUGAAAACCCUCUGUUUGACUGUAGCCACCUUCAAAUUCUUGUCCUGGAUGAAGCUGACAGAUGUUUGGAUAUGGGAUUUGAGACAACUAUGAAUGCUAUCAUUGAAAAUUUGCCACCUGAAAGACAAACAUUACUAUUCUCUGCCACUCAAACCAAAUCAGUAAAAGAUCUUGCUAGGCUCAGUUUGUCAUAUCCAACAUAUGUGGCGCCUCAUGAGCAAGCCGACACUGUCACACCUGAGUCACUCCAGCAGAGUUAUAUUGUAUGUGAAGUUGAUGAAAAAAUUGGCAUUCUUUGGUCAUUUAUUAAAAAUCACUUGAAACAGAAAGUAUUGGUGUUCAUGGCCACAUGUAAACAAGUUAAGUACACAUAUGAGUUGUUCUGCAAACUCAGGCCAGGUGUGAGCUUACUAGCACUGUAUGGUACUUUACAUCAAGAAAAGCGGGAAAAGAUCUAUAAUGAGUUUUGCAGAAAGUCUAAUGUUGUGCUGUUUGCCACAGAUUUAGCCUCACGAGGAUUAGACUUUCCUCGUGUUAAUUGGGUUAUACAAAUGGAUUGUCCAGAAAAUGUAGACACCUACAUUCAUAGAGCUGGCCGUACUGCUAGAGGAUUUUUUGGCAAAGGAGAAGGUCUUUUAAUGCUUUUACCUCAUGAAGAGAAGUUAGUUGAAGAUCUACAAAAAAGUAAAAUCCCUAUUAACAAAAUAGCUGUAGAUCCAUCUAAAGUAGUUGCCCCACAGAGAAAGAUAGAAAGUCUACUUUCUGACAGCACAGAACUAAAGCAGAGUGCUCAGAGGGCUUUUGUUAGCUAUUUGAAAUCUGUUUUCUUAAUGAAGAAUAAAGAAAUCUUUAAUGUUCAGUUACUAGAUACUGAUGCAUAUGCUAGAUCUUUAGGUUUGAUUGUUCCACCCUAUAUCAAGUUCUUAAAAAAACAUCAAUAUUCUCAGAAGAAACAAGAUGAUGAUGUUAUAAAUAAAUUGAAAUUUAAAACUGAAUCUGAUGAAGACACUGAACAAAGUGCCCAUGAAGAUGAUGAUGAGUCGGUUAUGGAAGCUGGUAAUAUUGGUAAAAAUUCAAAAAAGAAGGAACCAAUUGUUAAGUUGAUUUUUCAUAAUGAGGCUGACAGCGAUGAAGAAGACUUUUUGCAAGUGAAAAAAGUGGAUGUGAAUCCUGACAAUGAACCCAUAGAAGAGUUAGAGGUUGAAAAUCUAAUAUCAAAGAAGAAAGGAAAACCUCUUACCAAAGCAGCGGUUGCUAAGAAACUAUUAAAGAAAAAGAUAAAAGUUAACACAACCGUUAAGUUUACUGAGGAUGGAGAUGCAAUAGGAGAUGAAAAGAGGGAUGUCAAGUCAGAACUAGCGAAACAGUUUUUGAAUGAAAAUGUGGGAGGAAUAGAUAUAGAAAAAGCUAAGGAAGUUUUACAAGAAGAAGAUAAGUUUGAUAAAAUAAGGUUCAGGGAAAAAGUUAAAGCAAAACACAAAGAACAGAAACGUAAGCUCAAGAACAAAAAUAAAGAAGAUGAUGGUGACAAAGAUGAGUUUGGGUCUGAUUCAGAGUCUGAUGGACCUGAUCUCUCUUGGCUGCCUGACCCUGAUAAACACUAUGGCCCUGCCAAUGACAGUGAUAAUGAUGACAACUCUGACGAGGGUAGUGGUUCUGAGUCAUCAGACCAAGCAGAAUCUGGAAAUAAUUCAGAAGUAGAUCAAAAAUACCAUAGACCUACAAAGCGAAAACUGGUGGAGAAUAAAGGCAUCCCGCAAGCGAGCGUGGCGCCGCGUAAGGUCAAGAAGAUUCAGGACAUAUCUUCGUCGCUGUCUAUGCACGAAGCAGAAGCUCUGGCUAUGCAGCUGCUGCAAGCUAAACGAUAGGAUACGUAAGGAUGUGUUUUACAUCCUAUUAAUUAAAGGGUUUAUAACAUUAA